CCACGCGCAGGAGUAGCGCAGGAGUGUCGUCGGUUUGAGGAAAGUUCGCUACUGCGAACAGUGUCGAUUACCGGGGCUUUCGCGACCCUGCUCCCCCAGUGCGCCGCUUAUUACUACGCAUGCGUCUUGCACCAAUAGUCCAGCGACUCAAUCACUUGGCCCAUGAACUCGACUCUUACCCCCGACGCAAUCAUCGCUUCGGUCCAGGAGUUUCUUAUACAGGAUUAUGGCGCUGUCUCGGCAGCCGUCCUACUUCUUUGGCACUACGUUCUCACUUUCGACAAGGAAGUCACGUUCUUUUGGGGACGCGUUUUCUCGGGGCCAUCUGCUCUCUUCUUUGCGAAUCGCUACCUGACGCUAGCGGUAGCCCUAUACGACGCCCCUCUGUGGUCCUACAGCACUGUUUACGCGAGAUGCGCAGCGGCCAUUCGCCUGCUCUAUGUGCUCGAGAUUCUGCAGUACGUCAUCUGGGCCGCCUUCUCGUGCCUGCGUGUCUAUGCGCUACAGAGUGGGCGAUGGAAAGUUGCAGCGUUCGUCCUCUUGCUCUCACUGGUUCCGGUCGCAGUUUAUUCUACUCGAGAAGGAUUUUCGCGCGUUUAUAUUGACCCGGCUGUCGGAUGCGACGUCGAGGAUCGCAUAGCCUAUAAACUGUUUAAAAUGUUGGACCUCGCAUCGCGCGUGUCACUUGUCGCAGCCGAGGGUAUCGUAUUCGUCGUAACCUGGAGGGAGACGCGAGAUUGUGUCCACGAACUAGAUGUCCUCCGAGUCCACGCGCCGCGCGGGCGGACGCUGUCGAGCGUCUUCUACGAAAACAGCGGGAUCUACUUCGCAUUCUUGACUCUUCUGAAUGCAAUCUACGCCGCUCUCCUUCUACUCUCGAUGACAUGUGAAGACUGCGCAGUCGCGCGCGCAACACCCGCGUUUGACGUCUUCAUGGAGCCGCUCACCGCGCUCACGUUUACGCACUUCCUGAUCAACCUUCAGGAGGCCGCGCGCGGCGAGACUGUGAUGGAGCUCUCGAUGGUCGAGUUUGCGGUUUCCGUCGAGAACGAUAGCAUCAAUGAGGACCGUGCUCGGAACACGAUGUCCGGGGUGUCGGCGGUGUCGUCCCCAGGGACGCACGACCUCGUCCGCGCGGACGGCAAUAACUGGGCUAUGUCGGAGCAUGCCUGAGGCUGCAGCAAUCUGGAAAGUAGAGGAGACGGUCCGCGUCGCUCGCCCGCUCUGCUGCAGGUUUCUUGAGCGCAGUACUAUGGUUUGCGAGACCGGCCCGCCCAUUUGUCGGUGCGAUGAUUAUGAA